AUGUCGACUUCCUCCAUUAACACACCAAGAAGGCCAAGGACCUAUGCUUGUCCUACUUGCAGCCGAGUCUUCUCCUCCGGCAUGGCGGUGGUGGGACACCAAAAUGCCCACAGAGAUGGGCAGCCGGCACAAAAGCUGAGGAGGGUUGAAACCCACCCUGAAAAUCCUUUAUCCAUGACCGGUAGCGGAUCGGUCAACCCUUUUUCAGGGCUGUCCACCACUAAUCCGCCAGGGACAGUGGUGUCUUUUUUGCCUAGUCUUCCAUCCGCCACUCCCGCUCCACCCGCAACAGCCACUCUCAUUUCUUUUGGACCGGUCCCCAGGUAUCAUCCUAUAUCUGCCUCUCUGGCUCCUUCUCCACCAGCCCCUCUGAAUCCUCUUCCGGGAGGCUCUCUGCAGACUUCUGCCAUUGGAAGCUGUCCCAGGUCCUUCAAAGUUCCUGACUUAUUAGGGCCUUCUGUUGCACCCACUGCUCCUGAUGAUCUAACUAAUGGAGCAAGCAGCAGUCGUCCUAUAGUGCUUGACAGCGACAACGAGGACGAAGAAGAGAAUGCACUAGACUUAAAUCUUAAGCUCUAG